AUGCAAUUACCCUGUGAAUCACGUUCAAAUCAUGAUCAAUUAUUGGCCGUGUGGAAGAUUUGCGAAAAAGUGCGCUCAGUGGUUCCGAAGGACCUUCGGUUACAGUUUCAGCGAGAGGAUGUGUGCCACUCCGGAACGAUUCCCUUGUACAAAUUUGCGAAUAUUCUCCAGUGUUUUGCUGCGGAGCCGUUGAGCAAGGAAGAAAUUUGCAAACUGGCACAUUACUUCUGUGCUACGAACGGAAGGACUUCCUAUGAUCAGUUUUGCGACGUUCUAUUUCCGGACGCCAAGGAAACUGAAUCAUGCACCAGUGCCCCAGGAAACACGAGUUCGGACCUUCUUUCCGUGUUCGAACACCGGAAACUUUCCCUCCUCCUGAUGUCUAUCGCUCGUGCUUUGCGAUACCGGGAUCACGUGCUACUACCAUACUUCGAAGACUACGCGAUCGUCACAAACUCCGGAACGGAAUGCACAUUCGCUUAUGCCAUCCGUGUUCUAUCGUAUCUGGGCGUGACGCUGGCCAGAGGCGACAAAGAAUUACUUGCAAAACGUUUUACAUCCGAUGGCCAUACGUUCGACUAUGGGGCGUUUGUGGCAGAAAUCGACCAGCUGUUCCGUUACCUCGACCGGCAUGAUGGAGCACUCGAUCGGGUAAACGAUGAUAGUGCGGUUCCAGCAAAAAUCAUUCAAACACACAUGACUCAGACUCAUCGGCCUGAGGUUGGAACUGUUUCCCUAGAUGAAAUUAUCGGUGCAAGAUCGGCAUUCCAUCCCUGCUUGGAACGUUCCCGGCAGGAGUACGACAUGCAGGAGCUUAUUCUUCGCAUCCAGCGACAUCUGUGGGAAGGCAGGAUUGAGGUAAGGAAUUACUUUCAGCAGUAUGACCUCUUGCGUUGCGGCUGGAUCCCUAAAAGUACGUUCAUACGCUGCCUGGACAUGAUUGGACUGUCUCCACUGCAUCGUCUACCGUUGAGUGAGAGGGAAAUUAAAAAGCUUUGUGAACGUUAUUGCGACCCGAAGGACCAGCAGAAAAUUUGCUGGACACUGUUUGUGGAUGAAGUGAAUCGUACAUUUACAGAGGAAUCGCUCGAAAAGGGAUCUUUUAAACAAGUUGAACGCCCACUCACAGCGAUGGCAGCCUUAGUUCCUCCUGGAAAGCGGGAGUUAGCCGCAGAUGUGCUGAAGCAAGCAGAGAAGUUGGUAGAUAAUUUGAAGGAAAAAAUUGAACGCGAGCGAGUUCUGAUCGAACCAGUAUUUAAAGACUUCGACUCCCAUCGUAAUGGCCAUGUGAGUUUCAGCCAGGCAAGGAAAGCUUUCUCCAUGUGCGCGAUAACACUGAAGGAACAGGAAAUGUUCCUUCUGGAAAAGGUUUACGGUGAUUCGUUUGGAUUCCAUUAUGGACAGUUUUUUAAAGAUAUUGGCUUAACUGCAAUAUCGUCCGGAGAACAAGAGCAAUUGUAUCGAAAACUGAAGGAAACUAUCAACCUGGAAUCCGUAGCACCGGAACCAGCGUCUAGCGAAAAGGAUAUCGUCUGUGUGCUGGCCAAAGUGAAAGCUCAAGUUGUGCAUCGCUGCCUUCGGCUGGUGAACUUCAUGCAAGGAUUUGAUCCCCUCAAUCACCAUCGCAUCACCGAUGUCCAGUUCUGCCGUGGGCUUUCUACAGCCGGACUGCGAUUGACACCGAAUGAAAUGCAGCUACUGUGCGAGUUCUUCAAAACUCCGCUUUGCGAAACAAUCGAUUAUAAACGCUUCUGCGACACGAUCGCCGAGGUUGAUUUUCAACCGUUCCUCGAGAAGGCACCCCUCUUGGUACCGUGCCGCCAUUUGCCUCCACAUGAGUCGGCAAAAGAUGUGCUCAAUUUUGAAGAACGAACCAUUGCGUCGAAAGUUUUGCAGAAGCUUGCCCGCCAUGCAGACAUCGUGUCUAACCUUGGUUCUGUUUUGAAGGAUUUCGAUCCCCAAAACGUGGGCCACGUCAACCGGAACCGUCUAUUGCGAGCACUAGCCACACGUGAUCUUCAUACGAGGAUAUCUAGCCGUGAGUUUGAGGUGUUGUGCAAGUAUUUUGCGGUCGAAGUUGGAUGUCGGCAGGAAGUCAACUAUCGCGCCUUGUUGCAUGCCUUGGACUAUUUGUACGCGAACCGAUUCAUUCAUCCAUUUUAG